GUAAGCUAAUAUAGUGGGCGUGUCGAUCAGGCACAAACAUUAACAGCAAUGGCCGACAAGAAGAGCUCGUUUUGGAAGAGAGGGAACGACACAAAGCUACCAGGAAGAGCUCAGCCAGUGGCUAACAGCCCUGACCUUAGACCAAGGUCAAAGACAUUCGAAGAGUAUGAAAAAGACACAAAUGACGCGUGGGACGACGAAGCAGAAGACCUAUCUCAUCUUUCUUCUCCUGUCAAGCCACUAGAGUUCAAUCACACGGGCAGUGGAGAAUUUGACGUGAAAUUCUCAGGAAAGAAAGCCCCAUUAAAGUCCCGUAUCAAGGAGGUUGUUAAACCGCGGUCACAUACAACAGGAGGUAUGUCUACCAGUGGUGGGGGUACAGGCGUACAACACUCAGGAUCAGACUCACGUAGGAACGCCCCACAGGACACUGGAAGAAUUCGUUCAAUGAGUCCACCAUCAGAUCCAUUUGAUGAUAUUCCUGACAGAGAAACCAUCAAAUUACAAAAAUUUGGUAAAUUAUUAGCCGGGCCUAACACUGACCUUGAACAACUUAGGAAAUUAAGUUGGUCAGGAAUCCCUUCAUCAGUUAGAGCAACAACAUGGCAGCUACUGUGUGGCUAUCUACCAGUUAAUAUAGAUAGGAGGGAAGAAACUCUCCAGCGUAAGAGAUCAGAAUACCUCAAGCUAAUAGACCAGUAUUAUCACAUGAGAGAUGACUCCAUUCACAAGGACACUUUCAGACAGAUACACAUUGAUGUACCUAGAAUGAAUCCUUCAAUACCGCUCUUCCAACAGUCUAUUGUACAAGAAUGUUUUGAGAGGAUAUUGUUUAUAUGGUCAAUGCGUCAUCCUGCCAGUGGGUAUGUCCAAGGAAUCAACGAUCUUGUCACUCCUUUCUUCGUUGUCUACCUGUCCUACUACAUAUCUGGUGAUAAAAAUGCCGAGACCUAUGAUUUAUCGUUAUUACCUAAUAGCACUCUGAACAUGAUUGAAGCUGAUAGCUUCUGGUGCCUUCAGAAACUACUAGAAGGAAUACAAGAUAAUUAUACGCUAGCUCAGCCUGGUAUCCAAACUAAAGUGAUGAGGUUAAAAGACAUCAUGAAAAGAAUUGAUGGGUCACUCCAUAGUCACCUCGAGAGGAAUUCGGUUGAUUACUUGCAGUUUGCGUUUCGGUGGAUGAAUAAUUUAUUAAUGAGAGAGUUCCAGUUGAGAUCAGUCAUCAGAAUAUGGGACUCAUACCUUUCUGAGGCAGAUGGGUUUGCUACUCUUCACGUAUUUGUGUGUGCAGCAUUGUUGCUAAAAUUUUCAAGCGAGAUUCAAUCUAAGAAAGACUUUCAAGAAAUUAUGAUAUUUUUACAAAAUCUUCCAACCAGUGCAUGGACUGACGAUGAUGUUCAAUUAUUACUUGCCGAGUCUUUUAAAUUAAAAUAUAUGUUUGCAGAUGCUCCUGGCCACUUGCAGAACUGAUCCCUCAUUUGCUUGCUCUAGUGUGUCAUAUCUUACUAUACUACCUAUACAACAGUCCGCAGUGUUAUUAUUAUUAUUAUUAUUACUGUUGUUGUUAUUACCAUUAUUAGUUUUAUAUUGACAAACAAGCCUCAAAACAGGUGUUUUUAGAUAUUAUUGUUUACAUAGAUAUUAUUGUUUACAUUUUGUUAAUAAACUUAAUAAUUUCCAUGUGUAA